UCUUUCGCUUUUCGCAGUUGUGAAGGUACCAAACUGUUUAAAAUCAAGACCAAAACCAAAGAAGAAAUCAAUCACAAUGCAUACCCACGUCGAGAUGGAGAUCUCUGCAGCUUCCGAGCUGCAGAAGAUGACCACUGUCGAGGAACAAAUUGCAGCAGCAGUUGUAGUUCAGCCACCUUCCAACUUCCUCCAGGACGGAGAUGAUGACACGCGGAAAAAGUGGAUCACCUGGGGCGUGAUUGCGGGCGCUGUUGUGCUGGCGCUGCUUCUUCUCUGGAUCAUCUGCUGCUGCUUCUGUGGCACCUGCCGUUGCUUCAAGGACUGCAUGUGCGCCGUGUGCUGCUGCCGGGAAACAAACCGCGGGAUUGGCGCUGUAUCCAAAGGAUGAAAUUUCAUAAUUCACGGACACGCAUAACAAACUACCGUAGUACGUACUCUUGCUUGACAGUUCAAAUGUUCUGGUGGUGGGCGUACUACUUCGUACUAUUGAUUGUAUUUGGCAAGAGAAGUGUCCACCUCUUCUUGGAAGUUGCUAGUCAAUUUUGUCAUGCAUUUUGUGCACGUGCUGUGCCUGUCCGGGAAGAGAAGAUGAAACGAAUUUUGCACUGCAUACCCUGGCAGCUCAGCGCACGAAUCUUCACGUCGGGACAAGGGUGGGUGUUGCGCGCAAAUGUGCCCGUGCUGCAAGAUAUUCCACAGAAAAAAGCAGGCAGGUCAUAGAUAUUUUUUCUCAUGCAAAAGUAAAUACACAGAAACGUCUGUCAUGGGCGGUCUCAUAGCCUGCUGUUUAGGAUAUGCCAUACAGAUUUGAUUUUUUUGUGUAUUUUUGCGUUACAAAUGAUCUGACCUACCUGCUUCUUUCUGUGUGAUACAAGAAGAAGAAAAGCAGCAGCUCUUCGUCUGCGACAUCGUCCACAUUUCAUUCUUCGAAAAGUAUCCAAAGUCUGAGGACAGCUGCUGCCCCGUUGCUUGUUUUUCCCUAUGCCCAUCACAAUACUCCGUAUUUAAGCACAAGGAUAUUAAGCAAGAAGAUGAUCAUGAUGCAGUUUCUGCUUUUCGAGCUGCAGUUCGUAGUAACGUAGAUGGGGUUUUUGCAUGAGAAAAAAAAGAACUACUUUUACAUAAUGAGCAAGCAGGGCGAGUACAAGUAGGGGCAGUUCAUUUUUGUUCCCUACGAUACUAGCAAACUCCAGCCCCCGGUCCGCAGAUCGUUCGAGGGACCAGCGCAGAAGGCGGGGCGAGGGCCUAAGCAAGAAAAAAACUGUGUAAGUGUAAAUGUGUGAUGCAGAAAAUGCAAAACAAUUAUACUUGUCAUGCUGGAAGUGCGUCAUAGGCUACUAUCAUACGCGUUUCCACGUACUAGCUACGCAUGACAGGUUUUCCCUGUAAUGCAAAGCGAAUUUGUGAUGCUGCUCUUCCUACAAAGUUACACUUACACAGUUUUUUUUCCUGGAUAGGGCCACGCGGACGCCUACACCGUGCUCUCUGGAUCCUCUUCGGAAUACUCGUACAACUCGGAUGAAGCCGUGGUGUCGGCAGCGGAGUGAAGAAGGAAAGGGGAUGUAAAAUGUUGGACGAGCAGUCGUCUUUUUCUUUGGUUUUAUUGGGCAGUGAACACGUGAGAUGGAGGUGAUGU